AUCAAUUUUUUUAGUGGUGGGCAAAAGACUAGCAAAAGAAGAGUUUGGUGUAGAGGAAGAAGACGACUUUGUGAAGGAGUACCAACUCUAAUUAUUGUUUGACCUCUUCACCCAUCUCUGUGUACUAAACAACACCUUGUGUCAUAUAGUAUUUGGAUCUACGUACGAACCAAUCAGUUAACAAUCGAUCAAUCUAUCAUUGAGCUAUUGAGGAAUAACAGGAGAUUCGAUAAGUUAAUAUUGAGAGGAAGGAGCAAAAACAACAAUGGCCGAUCCUGUAAUUGGUGCUACUGUUCAAGUUGUGCUUGAGAAGCUGCUUUCGCUCACUAUUGAGGAGGCCAAAACUUUAAGGAACUGCAAGAAAAAUCUCAGAAUGCUCACAAAAUAUGUAUCCAUGAUCCAAGCUUUCAUUCAUGAUGCUGAAAGACGACAAGUCGAAGAUCAGGCUGUGGAAGAAUGGCUCAAGAUGCUUGAGAGAAUUGCUGAAGAUGCUGAAAAUGUGUUUGACAAAUUCACAUAUGAAUCUCUCAAAGCACAAGUGAUGAAAAACCGAGCCAAACUACUGGAAAAAGUCCAUAGCUUCUUUUCUAAUACUGCUUUUAAGUACAAAAUGUCUCGAAAAAUCAACAACAUCAAUGAAGAGUUGAGGGCUAUCAAUCAGUUAGCCAAAAACCUCGGUCUCCNCUUGCUGUCAAAAAAAACCUUGGCUGCUGCACUGUUUUCCUGCUAUACAUUCUAA